GUGACUUUGUUAAUGAUGUCACGAGUGCACGAACAUAACAAAGCAAAGUUGCAGCGUUCGCUCAGUUUGCUUUUACUGAUUGAUAAUACUUUUUCAGUUCUUAACAUGAAGCUUUUAGUUCUUUUAAGUGCAUUUGUUUUAUCUGAAUGUUACGUUAUUUCCAAAGAAGACAAUUUCAAUGCAAUUGUUAAAACUGUAAAUAAAGCAAAUACAACUUGGAAGGCUUCCCUAAACUUUGAUCCAACUUAUUAUGUUCCUGAAGAUCUGAAAUUGUUAUGUGGGGUAAAGGAAGAUAAGCAUGGAUAUUCCAAACUUGAAACCAGCUACCACAAUUUGGAAGGAAUUAAAAUUCCAAACCAGUUUGAUUCAAGAAAGCAGUGGCCCCAUUGUCCCUCUAUAUCUUAUAUACGAGAUCAGGGCUCAUGUGGUUCAUGUUGGGCAUUUGGAGCAGUUGAAGCAAUGUCAGAUCGUUAUUGUAUUCGUAGUAAUGGAAAAAUUCAAGUUGAAAUAUCUGCAGAGGAUUUAUUGAGUUGUUGUGGUUUUGAGUGUGGUGAUGGAUGUAAUGGGGGAUUUCCUGGAAGUGCUUGGAAAUACUGGAACAGUGACGGUUUAGUUACUGGUGGUUUAUAUGGAAGUAAGACAGGCUGUUUGCCGUACCAGAUCAAACCAUGUGAACAUCAUGUCCCUGGUGAUCGGCCAAAGUGUUCAGAAGGUGGAGGCACUCCCAGCUGUGUUUCAAAAUGUAAAGGCAACACAACUAUCCAUUAUAACCAGGAUAAACAUUAUGGCCUCUCAUCUUAUGCGGUGGGGUCUGAUCCAACUCAGAUCCAAACAGAGAUAAUGACACAUGGACCAGUAGAAGGGGCAUUUACUGUAUAUGCUGACUUUCCUACUUAUAAAUCUGGUGUUUACAAACAUGUAACUGGUGGUGUUCUUGGUGGACAUGCGAUUAGAAUACUUGGAUGGGGCAGUGAGAAUGGUGUAGCAUACUGGUUGGUUGCUAACAGCUGGAACACUGACUGGGGAGACAAAGGAUAUUUUAAAAUUUUAAGAGGAUCCGAUGAAUGUGGGAUUGAAUCAUCAGUGGUGGCUGGAAUUCCUCAAAUAUGAUCAAAGAGAUUAACUAUACAAAAUUAUUUGUAAAUUCCUUAAAUAUAUGAACUUUGCAUUUAUAGUUACCAAUAUAAAACAAUUUUGUAUACAUGAUCACUGAUUUACAUUUAUUCCUGUAACAUUUUCAUUACGAAUGACAACAUACAAUAAAAUAAUAUUAAAUAUAUGUAAGCUUCAAUGAUCACCACACCCAUCCCAUCAAAUUUGCAUUUAUAGUUACCAAUAUAAACAAUUUUGUAUACAUGAUCACUGAUUUACAUUUAUUCCUGUAACAUUUUCAAUACGAAUGACAACAUACAAUAAAAUAAUAUUAAA